AUGUUCCGUCCUACGCCUGCUGUUCUAGGCGCAUUCCGUGCCACCUCGCGUGUUGCGUUCAACAAGCCCGCUUUUCAGCCUCACUUUGGCUCAGUUAACUCUCAGUACGCGCUCAAGUGGGUUCCUUCCCUCUUCUUUUGGGGCGCCACGGGCGGUAUGUUUGUGACGAUUGCGAUGAGCGGCGUGCCGCUGUUCAAGACCGAUGUGCUGCUCAAGACGCCGGUGGCUUCCUUCUUCGAGGACAAGACGCCCGACUGUGACAAGCCAUUCUGA